AUAAAAUAUAAAAAAUUUAUCUUAUGGUAACUACUUAUAUGCAGUUGGAGAUUGGGAGCGCGUUGCCCAGGCGCGCCCAUCGGGGAGGAGAAGGGAAGGGAAGUAGGUGGAGGAGCAAGAAAGUUCGGUCUUUUCUCGUCUCUUUCUCGCUUACGCAGCUCAAAUGGCCACCGAUCCCAAAACCUACAACUUCGAUGAGGUCGCCAAGCACAACGUGGCCGAAGAUUGCUGGCUCAUCAUUUCCGGAAAGGUGUAUAAUGUCACCCCAUUUAUGGAUGAGCAUCCAGGUGGUGAUGACGUCUUACUAGCGGCAACUGGGAAGGAUGCAGCCAAUGAUUUUGAAGAUAUAGGUCAUAGUACCUCCGCUAGGGAGAUGAUGGCCAAGUACUUUAUUGGGGAGUUAGAUUCUUCAACCAUUCCAACUAAGCACACCUAUGCGCCACCACAAGAAGCUCCCUCCAAUCCUGAUAAAACUCCACAAUUGAUUAUCACAAUACUGCAGUUCCUUGUGCCCAUCUUGAUCUUGGGCUUAGCCCUUGCUGUCCGACACUUUACCAAAGCAGAGUAGCAGCUCAAUUUGCCUUGAUGAUCCAUACUCCAUUGAAACUUAGCCUUAGUGGUGGAUUUGAUAAUUUUAAAGUAGUUAAACUGCAACACCAUUCAACCAUCCUGAUGGUGGUAAUUAAUUAGGGGUGUGCCUGUCAAAAUUUCACUGUCAUCUUGCUUCCUUUCAGUUCGCACUUCAGAGUUUCCUGUGUUAAAUCUGGAACAUCUCUGAGUGCGCUGUGGAUGGAUUUUGAGCUAUUACAAUUUCAGAAAAAGCAAUAAUGAACGAAUGCUUUCGAGACCUUUUUGGUCUUUCCUUC